CGCCAUUUCUUAAUCGCAGCGCCUAAACCAAGCCCUCCUAAUUAUAUCGCCACGGUGCUGUUACCACCAGGUGAGGUUGCAAGCUUAAAACGCACCGGCAUGGCCACGGUACUGGAUGCCGCCGGUGUGUUGCACUUCCACCCUUACGCCGCGGCGGCGGCGGCGGCGGCACUGGUCUCGGCGUACAUGGUGUGGUUCUGGGCGCUGACGCGGAGGCUGUCGGGGCCGCGGAUGUGGCCGCUCGUCGGCAGCCUGCCCAGCGUCGUGCUGAACCGGGCGCGCGUCCACGACUGGAUCGUCGACAACCUGCGCGCCACGGGGGAGGCGGCCACGUACCAGACGUGCACCCUGCCGCUGCCGUUCCUCGCGCGGCGCCAGGGCCUGGUGACCGUCACGUGCAACCCGCGAAACCUGGAGCACAUCCUGCGCGCGCGCUUCGACAACUACCCCAAGGGCCCCAUGUGGCAGGCGGCGUUCCACGACCUCCUCGGCCAGGGCAUCUUCAACUCCGACGGCGAGACGUGGCUGCUCCAGCGCAAGACGGCGGCGCUCGAGUUCACCACGCGGACCUUGCGCCAGGCGAUGGCGCGCUGGGCCAACCGCAUCAUCAAGUACCGCCUCUGGGGCAUCCUCGCCGACCACUGCGACGCCGCGGCGAGCGUUGACCUCCAGGACCUGCUCUUGCGCCUCACCUUCGACAACAUCUGCGGCCUCACCUUCGGCAAGGACCCCGAGACACUGUCUCCGGGGUUGCAGGAGAACCCCUUCGCCAACGCCUUCGACUCCGCCACCGAGGCGACGCUGCAGAGGUUCCUGUUCCCCAGCUUCCUGUGGCGCAUCAAGAAGGCGCUCGGCGUCGGGAGCGAGCGGAACCUCCGCGAGAGCCUCGCGAUCGUGGACCAGUACAUGACGGAGGCCAUCGCGGCGCGCAAGGCGACGCCGUCGGACGACCUGCUGUCCAGGUUCAUGAAGAAGCGCGACGGCAACGGCAGGGCAUUCCCGGAGGACGUGCUCCAGUGGAUCGCGCUCAACUUCGUGCUUGCCGGGCGCGACACGUCCUCCGUCGCGCUCAGCUGGUUCUUCUGGAUGCUCAUGCAGCGCCGCGACGUCGAGCGCAGGGUGGUCAUGGAGAUCGCGUCCGUGCUCAGGGAGACGCGGGGCGACGACGCCGGGAGGUGGACCGAGGAGCCGCUGGACUUCGACGAGCUGGACCGCCUCGUGUACCUCAAGGCGGCGCUGGCGGAGACGCUGCGGCUGUACCCGUCGGUGCCGCAGGACUCCAAGUACGUGGUGGCGGACGACGUGCUGCCGGACGGCACCGUCGUGCCGGCCGGCUCGGCGAUCACCUACUCCAUCUACUCUGUUGGGAGGAUGGAGAGCAUAUGGGGCAAGGACUGCGCCGAGUUCCGGCCAGAGCGAUGGCUGUCGGCUGACGGGACCCGGUUCGAGCCGGCCAAGGACGCGUACCGCUUCGUGGCGUUCAACGGCGGGCCGAGGACGUGCCUCGGCAAGGACCUGGCCUACCUGCAGAUGAAGUCCAUCGCGUCGGCCGUGCUGCUGCGCCACUCGGUGGAGCUCGUCCCGGGGCAUAAGGUGGAGCAGAAGAUGUCGCUCACGCUCUUCAUGAAGAACGGCCUCCGCGUGCACGUCAAGCCGCGGGACCUCGCCGGCUACGUCGCCGCGCCACCGGAGGAGGCGCCGCAGCAGGGAGCCUUUGUGAUCCCGACCACCACCGCGGCAGCUGCGUAAGUCCUGGAUGUGCGACGUGCCACGAACAGUGGCUUCUACUACGUGCACGCUGCCUCCUCUCAAGUGUGGUUCUGCCUGUCAAAGUCAUGCGACCGUUUCCCUCCUUUGAGCGGUUAGAUUGUCAUUGUUAGGUUGGUUCGCUCCUGUUGUCUACUACUUGUGUACGUUUGUGUGGAUCGGUUUGUGUAAUUUUUGUUGAGGUCUGCUGGAUGAAAAAAAAAGGUAAGCAAUGGAACUUUACUUUGCGUA